AUGGAUUCCCAGCCUCCUGUCGAUAUCACGAAGGUAUUACCACCCGAACUCCAACUUCAAAUCUUUAACUAUCUGGGAUGGGAAUCCCACGUUAUGUGUGCCCGUACAUGCACACUCUGGCGAGAUCUCAUACAAACGUAUGGUCAUGCAUUCCCCCGCAAUGACUACUCGGAUGAGACAUAUCCGGGCAUCCAUACCCUCCUAAAUUCGUAUGAAGCCCAACUUUUCAUCUACAACGAAGAAUUAGUCUCUGUUUCAAUACACGAAAUAAUCGGCGCCGAGUUUUCAAGAUUUGGGUUAAUGGGCGAAUACAUUUGCACUCUUGAUCCCCGAAAGGAUUAUCUUCUAAACCACCCUGUUUUUAAAUUCGCCGAAAACCCGCCUGAGGGCGUUGGGACAUUCGAUGGGUUUGUUUAUGGUGCUGAAACCCCGGAUAAUUGGGAGAGCGCGAUUGAACGGUUUGGAAAGAAUACUGGGAGCUCGGAGACUACAAUAAGGCAAAUGUACGGCCGACUAGUUGCUAUGCUGUUGCGACAGUCUGAAGCGACGAAAUGGAAGUUAAUGAAGAUAAGAGUUCGCCAUGUAAUGACGAGUGGUGAACUUGCAGUGUUUUGGGGGAAAUUCACACGCGGAGUCGGGGAGGUAGGAUUGAUGAGCUCAGAUACUCAAAAGCCUUAG